AUGUCAUCAAGUCUUCAGGAUGUGCCGCUUGCAAAUUGGCAAUGGCGAGAUCCUUUAACGAGAUUUAUCCUAAUAACCAUAAUAUUUGCAUGGGGUUAUUUUCUCGAGCUUUUUGGGGUUCUGGCUCAAGUGACGCUUGCUCAUAUGUUUGCUUACAUACAGGGGUACUUUUUGCUUAGAAGGUAUGGAAUUCCCCUUGAAGCCAUCAUGAGUGGAGAACAAACUCCAUUCCGAGUUUUAUCAGCAUCUUUAUACGCAAGUAUUUUAUUGGUUUAUGUUGCAAGUGUUGGUAUUGGUGCGUACGCUUCAUCAAAGUUAGGAAUGCCUUACGUUUUUAAUACCACCCCAUUUAAAAAGGAUGUAGCAUUCCUACCAGUAACUCUUUCAUUAAAGAAUGUAUUAGCAAAUUCCAACCUUAAAGAUACGAAUGGCAAUAUCAAGUGGAGGGUAGAAAGUGAAUAUAAUAAUGUUAAUAUGCAAUAUUUAACUGCUCAAUGUAAAGCUAAUCUAAAUCCCCCUUGCAAAUCAAAUAAUACUGAGAUAUUUAUCAAAAGGUAUGUACGGCUCUUUCCUCGUGUGAUAAGCGAAUUUCCUGGAAAUAACCCUCGUGAUGAACAUUUGGCUGAAAUUUUGUUGCGAAAGGAUGAAUUAACAGAUUUAAAAGAACUUAUAGAUGAUCUACUUGAAAUCAUGAAAAAGAAAUUUCAACUUCCUUUUGAAGAGAUUGAUUUGAUUUCCAAUAAUGUUAUGGAACAGUUGGUUGCUAGUUGGGGAUGUGAUGCAGAAAAUGUCACUUGUGCCCAGAAUAAAGAAGCAUUAGUAACCGUACAAUACAUUGGGACAUUAUUAGAAGCAGCAUUCACUAUGUAUCUUGAUAAUUUUAUUAACGUAGAUAAAUGGGUUGGAAAUAGUACAUCAACCAGUACUUUAACAGCUACUCUUAAAGUGUGUAUGGAAG